AUGGAGGCCGCCGGGAUGGAUUAUUUCUGCGACCAGGUGCAGCAGAAGGACGUGGGCCGCAGGAUGCAGGUCGGGCAGGAGCUGCUGGAGUACCUGGGCGACCCGGAGAGGUCCCCCGACGUGGAGCAGGACCAGCAGCGCCUUGACAAAGUGAUCGACGAAUUAACGGGAUGGGUCAACUCUAGCAAUUUUAAGGUAGCAUUGCUGGGAUUAGAUGUUUUAGGUGCCUUUGUCAGCAGACUAUCAGGACGCUUUAAAUCCUAUAUAGGAACUGUUCUUAUGCCUUUGAUAGAUCGUAUGGGAGAUGCCAAAGACCAAGUUCGAGAGCAAGCACAGAAUCUUAUCUUGAAAUUGAUGGACGAAACAGCACCUCCCAUGUACAUUUGGGAACGUCUCGCUGUUGGUUUUAAGCACAAGAAUUACCGAUCCCGAGAAGGAGUGUGUUUGUGUCUUGUUGCUACCUUAAACAUUUACGGUGCACAACCGUUAACCCUCAGCAAGUUGGUACCACACCUGUGUACAGCAUUUGGUGACUCAAAUAGUCAGGUGAGAGAUGCUGCCAUUCUAGCCAUUGUAGAGGUUUAUAGACAUGUGGGAGAGAAAGUACGAAUAGAUCUUGCGAAGAGAGGAAUUCCUCCUGGAAGGUUGCAAACAAUCUUUGCAAAAUUUGAUGAAGUAAGAAACUCUGGAAAUAUGAUUUUAAGUAGCAUCAAUGACAAAAGCUUUGAUGAUGAAGAGUCAGUGGAUGGAAAUAGGCCAUCAUCAGCUGCUUCAGCCUUCAAGGUUCCAGCACCUAAAAAGCCAGGAAAUCCUUCAAACAGUGCAAGAAAGCCAGGAUCUGCUGGUGGGCCUAAGGUUGGAGGUUCCUCUAAAGAAGGAGGAGCUGGAGCUGUGGAUGAGGAUGAUUUUAUUAAGGCAUUUACAGAUGUUCCUACUGUACAGAUCUACUCUAGUCGAGAACUUGAAGAAACGUUGAACAAAAUCAGGGAAAUCCUCUCAGAUGACAAACAUGACUGGGAUCAAAGAACUAAUGCGCUGAAGAAAGUUCGAUCAUUGCUUGUUGCUGGAGCUGCACAGUAUGAUGGAUUUUUCCAGCAUUUACGGUUGUUGGAUGGUGCUUUCAAGCUGUCAGCCAAGGAUCUCAGAUCCCAGGUGGUUAGAGAAGCCUGCAUUACUGUAGCCCAUCUUUCAACUGUUUUGGGAAACAAGUUUGAUCAUGGAGCUGAAGCUAUUGUGCCUACUCUUUUUAAUCUGGUUCCAAACAGCGCCAAAGUGAUGGCAACUUCUGGAUGCGCAGCCAUUAGAUUCAUUAUUCGGCAUACCCAUGUGCCACGACUCAUACCUUUAAUAACAAGCAACUGUACCUCAAAAUCAGUUGCAGUUAGAAGGCGCUCCUUUGAAUUUUUAGACCUGCUGUUACAAGAGUGGCAAACACAUUCAUUGGAAAGGCAUGCAGCUGUCUUGGUUGAAACAAUCAAGAAGGGCAUUCAUGAUGCUGAUGCAGAAGCACGAGUGGAGGCAAGAAAAGCUUAUCUGGGUCUUAGGAAUCACUUUCCUGGUGAAGCUGAGACUCUGUACAAUUCUCUUGAGCCACCCUAUCAAAGAAGCCUCCAGACAUACUUGAAGAGUUCUGGCAGUAUAGCAUCUCUUCCUCAGUCAGACAGGUCAUCCUCCAGCUCACAGGAGAGCCUCAAUCGUCCUCUGUCUUCUAAAUGGUCUGCAGCUAGCUCAGCAAGCCUUGCAGGUAGAGUUUCCUCAGGCAGCAGCAGGAGUGUUCCAAGCCCAGGAUCUCUGCAAAGGUCUCGAAGCGACAUCGACGUGAACGCAGCGGCAGGUGCCAAGGCCCGGCAUGCUGGCCAGGCAGCUGGAGCUGGGCGCUUGUCAGCAGCUGGUCUGCCCCCGGGCUCUUAUGCCUCGCUAGAGGAUACUUCUGACAAGAUGGAUGGAACAGCUUCUGAAGAUGGUCGUGUACGAACAAAGCUUUCAACACCUUCUGUUGGUAUUGGAAAUUCUAAAACAGAUUCCAGAGGACGGAGUAGAACCAAAGUGGUGUCACAGUCUCAGCCUGGCAGUAGAUCUGGGUCUCCUGGAAGAGUGUUGACAACGACCACGCUUUCCACUAUGAACACAGGAAUUCAGAGAGUGUUAGUGAAUCCUGCAACUGCACAAAAACGAAGCAAAAUCCCACGAAGUCAGGGAUGCAGUAGAGAAGCUAGUCCUUCUAGAUUGUCAGUAGCACGAGGCAGCCGCAUUCCUCGGCCUAGUGUGAGUCAGGGGUGCAGUCGGGAGGCCAGCCGGGAAAGUAGCAGGGACACGAGCCCUGUCCGCUCUUUUCCACCCCUUGCUUCCAGACAUCACUCCAGAUCCACUGGUGCCCUCUACGCUCCUGAUGUUUAUGGAGCUACAGGGACCGGCUUUGGAAUUAGUCAGUCGAGUAGACUGUCAUCAUCAGUUAGUGCUAUGCGGGUUCUGAACACGGGUUCUGAUGUGGAAGAGGCAGUAGCAGAUGCUUUGAAGAAGCCAGUCCGAAGAAGAUACGAGUCCUAUGGGAUGUACUCGGAUGAUGAUGCCAACAGUGAUGCAUCAAGUGCCUGUUCAGAAAGGUCCUAUAGCUCUAGGAAUGGAAGCAUACCAACCUACAUGAGACAGACAGAAGAUGUGGCUGAAGUCCUAAACCGCUGUGCCAGCACCAACUGGUCAGAGAGAAAAGAAGGCCUUCUAGGCCUGCAAAACUUACUAAAAAACCAGAGAACUUUAAGUCGUGUUGAAUUGAAAAGGUUAUGUGAAAUCUUCACCAGAAUGUUUGCUGAUCCUCACAGUAAGAGAGUGUUCAGUAUGUUUUUGGAGACACUGGUGGAUUUCAUCCAGGUCCAUAAAGAAGAUCUGCAGGACUGGCUGUUUGUACUGCUGACGCAGCUGUUGAAAAAAAUGGGUGCUGAUUUGCUUGGGUCUGUACAAGCAAAAGUUCAGAAGGCACUUGAUGUCACAAGGGAGUCUUUUCCAAAUGACCUGCAGUUCAGUAUUUUAAUGAGAUUUACUGUUGAUCAGACCCAGACACCUAGCUUGAAGGUCAAAGUUGCAAUCCUUAAAUACAUAGAGACACUUGCACAGCAGAUGGAUCCAGGAGAUUUUGUAAAUUCAAGUGAAACUAGGUUAGCAGUGUCUCGAAUCAUCACCUGGACCACAGAACCUAAAAGCUCAGAUGUUAGGAAGGCUGCACAGUCAGUGCUGAUUUCCCUUUUUGAACUCAACACUCCAGAGUUUACAAUGCUAUUGGGUGCUUUACCAAAAACAUUUCAGGAUGGAGCCACAAAGCUGCUCCAUAAUCAUCUCCGGAACACAGGAAACAGUGGUCAGGGGUCAGUGGGAAGUCCUUUAACAAGACCCACUCCACGUUCCCCAGCAAGUUGGUCAAGUCCUCUCACUUCCCCAACCAAUACAUCACAGAACACUUUGUCACCAAGUGCAUUUGACUAUGACACUGAAAAUAUGAAUUCUGAAGAUAUUUACAGCUCUCUUCGUGGAGUCACUGAAGCCAUUCAGAAUUUCAGUUUUCGUAGUCAGGAAGACAUGAAUGAGCCUGUAAAACGAGAUUCCAAGAAAGAUGAUGGUGAUUCGAUCUGCAGUGCUUCUGGAAUAGUAGACCUACGAGCAGGCAGUGGUGUGAGCGAUACAGGCCGAACAGCUCUUGACAACAAAACAUCAUUACUCAACACGAUGCCCCCCCACUCCUCGCCACGCUCACGAGACUAUAACCCCUACAAUUACUCUGACGGCAUCGGCUCGUUUAAUAAAUCUGCCUUGAAAGAAGCCAUGUUUGAUGAUGAUGCAGAGCAGUUUCCUGAUGAGCCUCCCUUGGACCAUUCUGAUCUGGUUGCAGAGUUACUGAAAGAGUUAUCAAACCAUAAUGAGAGAGUUGAGGAAAGAAAGGCUGCCCUGUAUGAGCUCAUGAAAUUAACUCAAGAAGAAUCUUUUGGUGUUUGGGAUGAGCACUUCAAAACAAUACUACUUUUGCUGCUUGAAACACUUGGAGAUAAGGAGCAUGCAAUUAGAGCUUUGGCACUGAAAGUCCUAAGAGAAAUUCUAAGGAACCAGCCAGCGAGGUUUAAGAACUACGCAGAGCUCACAAUCAUGAAGACAUUAGAAGCGCAUAAGGAUCCUCAUAAGGAGGUGGUGAGAUCUGCUGAAGAAGCUGCCUCCAUGCUCGCCACUUCCAUUAGCCCAGAUCAGUGCAUCAAAGUUCUUUGUCCAAUUAUCCAAACUGCAGAUUACCCCAUUAAUCUGGCUGCAAUCAAAAUGCAGACAAAAGUCAUAGAAAGAGUAUCUAAAGAAACCCUUACUCAGCUUUUACCAGAGAUUGUGCCAGGUCUAAUACAGGGUUAUGAUAAUUCAGAGAGCAGUGUUCGUAAGGCAUGUGUUUUCUGCCUUGUAGCCAUUCAUGCAGUAAUUGGUGAUGAACUAAAACCACAUCUCAGUCAACUCACUGGCAGUAAAAUGAAAUUAUUGAACCUUUACAUCAAACGUGCACAAACAGGCUCUGCACCAGGAGAUACAACAGCAGAUUUGUCUGGACAAAGCUAAUGAAGCUGACAAGAGUUAACCAGGUCUCCGAAAGCAAGGGCAAGGCCCUCUUCAUGAAAGGAAAAUUCAUACAAGUUUCGGAAUUUUUUUCUUGGUUUUUUCCCCCCCUUUCUUUUGUUGUUUUGUUUUGUUUUUUCCUUUAACCAGUGGCUGUCCUCAGCCUGCAUGUGACUGUUGCAAUAGAAUUAUUCCAAAUCCAAGGAAAAACAGUAUUAACAUCAGUUGAUCAAAGCAGAAUAAAAUUUUAAAAUAAUCU